UCAGCAUAGUGCUUUGCUCCCUCGAAAUGGCUGCCUUCUUCCAGAGACUAGCCAAGGCCGCCCCGGCUGGCUUCACCGCCGGAGCCGGGAAUUCCAUGUCCGGCUUCCGCUUCCCGAUCGGAGCACUCGCGGCUGUCUCCGGCGGAAUCUCGUACAUCUACUACCACUCGUCGCCAAAUUCGGUAUGUUUAGAUGAAAUCAAAGAACAGUCUGGUCCAAAAGUUGCACUUAAUCCAGAUAAAUGGACUGAAUUUAAGCUGCAAGACACGGCGAGAGUUAGCCACAAUACUCAAUUGUUCAGGUUUACCUUUGACCCAACCGCCAAGUUAGGUUUGGAUGUGGCGUCAUGCCUCAUUACAAGGGCCCCAAUUGGACAAGAUGCUGAAGGGAAACCAAAGUUUGUCACACGCCCGUAUACGCCAAUAUCGGAUCCAGAUUCCAAGGGAUACUUUGACUUGUUGAUUAAGGUGUAUCCAGAAGGGAAAAUGAGCCAGCAUUUUGCAAGCUUAAAACCGGGCGAUGUACUUGAAGUUAAAGGGCCCAUUGAAAAGCUGAAAUAUACUCCCAACAUGAAGAAACAUAUUGGCAUGAUUGCGGGUGGUUCUGGUAUUACACCAAUGCUUCAGGUGAUCGAGGCUAUACUCAAAAAUCCUGAUGACACAACCAAGGUGUCACUGCUCUAUGCUAAUGUGUCUCCAGAUGACAUACUGCUUAAACAGAAACUUGACCUACUUGCAGCUGGCUACCCUAAUUUGAAGGUAUAUUACACAGUUGAUAAUCCUACAAAUAGUUGGAAAGGAGGGAAAGGCUACAUAUCAAAGGAAAUGGCAGUUAAAGGCUUACCUGGUCCCACUGAAGAUACACUCAUCCUUGUAUGCGGUCCUCCUGGGAUGAUGGGACACAUAUCUGGUGGCAAGGCUAAAGACUGGACACAAGGAGAGCUCUCUGGGAUACUAAAAGAACUCGGUUACACAGAAAAAAUGGUUUACAAGUUUUGAUUAGCCAGCCCAUUUAGGAUUUGAAGUGAUUACUAGGAAAGGAACAGUUUGCUCCAAUAAGAUGUUUUCAUAGGAAGCAUACACAACUAGUCUCUGAAGCAGAGUUUAAUACCGAUUUAAAUGGAAUCCUAGUGUGCAUGGGAAUCAGCUCCCUUUUGCAUGAUGAGCCGAGUAACUUGGUUUCAUGAAAGAGAAAUAUUUGUACUUUUGCAGGUGAAUUUUAUAUUUGAUACAAAUGUUUUACCGCUGAACAUGGUAAAAAGAAUACAACUUGACUACCAAACUCUGAUUCAACUUCGUGAUAUUUAGCCGAUUUAUAGAA